AUGCUUGUUUUGAGCAAACAGAAAAAGAGCACGAUCUCAUUCAUUCGUCUCAGCUCCAAGUCGGUGGAGCAGAGGUGCCGAGUGGCCAGCUCUACCGUACAGCCAACUUUUGAUCAAGUUACAGUCUUGAUUUCAGUGUACCUUCAAGAGGACUACCAGCUCCUGGAUCAAACCAGGCCCAUUCCGCCCUCUCGUAAACUCUCAUGGACCAACACCAGGUCCAUCACCAGGACCACUCCCGGGCUGACUCCUGGAACAACUCAUGGACCCACCCCAAUGCCCCAAUCCCAGAGCAACACCAGGACCCACUCCCAGACUAGCUCUAGGACCACACCUGGACCAACUCCAGGCCCAUCACUAGGUCUCACUCCCCGAAACUUCUGGACCCGGCCUCACUCCAGGGACAACACCGGGUCCAUCACCAGGACUCGCUCCAGGCCCUACAGUAUCACCAGGACUCGCUCCUCGGCCCGGACCAACUUCUGGCCCCACUCCAGGGAAUACUAUUGGUACCUCCAGUCCUCAGAUUUUUGA